UUUCCUUGUUUGACAAUAGCCAAAGUCUCUUCAUUUUCUUGAACUGAAGAAGUAAGGUUUACUUCGUCUCUGCUCCAUGGAACACUAGUACUGCAACAGUAGUUGUGCCUUUCUUACUUUUUCCAGUUUUGUACUUUCCAUUUUAUCCCAAGAAUGGUGUCGGAUUCUGUGUUAAUUGAACGGCUCCGGCAAAUACUAACAGUUUCUGACCUUGAAACGGCCACUGCCGGGACUGUUCGUCGGAAGCUUGAGGAGGAAUUUGGGGUUGAUUUACUUGAUAGGAAAGCGUUUGUAAGGGACCAAAUCGAUGUUUUUCUUCGAACCCAUGUUCAAGAAACUCCAAAUGAUGACGUACAAGAAGUAGAGGAUGUGAAGGAAGAGGAAGAGAAAGAAUCUGUGGAGAAUGAUGAUAAUUCGAGUGAGACUGGGUCAAAGAAGAAAGCGAGAAGGUCUGAGAAAGUGAAUGGAGAAGAAAAGAGAAAAGGGGGAUUUUAUAAACCAUGUGCACUUUCUCCACAGCUUCAGAAAUUGGUUGGCGAGCCAGAACUUGGCAGACCAGAGGUCGUCAAGAAGAUUUGGGCCUAUAUCUGGGAGAAGAAAUUACAAAAUCCACAGAACAAGCGGAAAAUUUUAUGUGAUGAUGUUUUGAGUGGAAUUUUUCGGGCCAAAGCAAUAGACAUGUUCCAGAUGAACAAGGCGCUAUCCAAGCAUAUUUGGCCCAUAGAUGAGAAAGAUGCCGCUGAAGUCAAAUCUUCUGUGAAGAGGACACAGAAACAAGGCAGAGAAGAAGCUUUAGAUGAGCCAAAGCAGAAAGAGAAAAGGCAGAAAGGUGGAGGAUCUGGCUUUCUUGCUCCAGUUCGAUUGUCAGAUGCUCUUGUGAAAUUCUUUGGUACUAGAGAAAAUUCCUUGCCGCGAGCUGAGGUUAUCAAGCGAAUAUGGCAAUAUAUAAAAGAUAAUGAGCUGCAGAUUUCUUGCAAGUAGAUUUCAGGAUUCCUAAUAAUUUUGGUUUCGAAGCCUUUAUGGUUUCAACCAGAAUGGAAGGGAGGAUUGAAGGAUUAGAGAAGACAAUGGGCAAAGUACAAGACGAGAUUGGUUCAGUACGUGAUUACAUGGAGCAGUUACGAGACUGGAUGAAGAAAAAAGAUGAACAUGACGCUGAAAUUCUUCAACAUAUGAAAGGAAAUCAAAGAUUCAGGCAAAUCCAACUAAAGACACAGACAUGAUGGCGGAAAACAGCUACAAUCGCAGAAGCGAUGAAUUCUGGGAAGUUCAGCCACAAUUUCGUGAAGAAACACGUCCUAGAAGAUUGGAACUGCCCUUAUUCUCCAGUGACAACCCAUAUGGGUGGCUUAACAGAGCGGAGCGUUAUUUUCAUUUCAAUGGCAUUGAUGACAAGGAAAAACUAGAGGCUGCUGCUGUUUGCUUUGAAGGUAGAGCCCUAAAUUGGUUCUAAUGGUGGGAGACAAGAACACCAACUGUCACAUGGGAUGUGUUUUGAGUAGCUGUACUCUUAACGAUUCACUCCAUCACAGUUAGGAAACUUAUAUGUGGUGUUGAUGGGGCUGCAACAAACUGGAAGUGUGGCCCAAUACAGAGAAGAUUUUGAAUUACUUUCAGCACCCUUGAAAGAUGCGAAUGAUGCAGUUUUGAUGGGGAUUUUACAAAAGGACUGAGAGGCUAUGUUGCUCGGACUCGGCGGUUAUGCCGUCGAACCCGUCCCGACACAACACCGGUGCGGACGCUGGCGCGGAAUUCAUCUCGGAUUCGGUCAAACGAAUCUGGAGACGUUGACCAACAUCAAGAAGAAAGUUGGCUUCCCUAUCGAAAGGGAGAAACCGGCGAAGGGAGAAAAUCGGCGACCGUGAUUGUUGUCGCCGGCGGAAGGGUUAUCGUCGUCGGAAUUUCGAUGGGGAAGAAAGAAAACUCAGAUCUGUGAUUGUGGGUUGUUUCCGGCGAAAGGGUUAUUGCUGGCGUAAGUGUUAUCAUCGCCGGAAUUUCGAUGGGAAGAAAGUGUAAAUGCUCAGAUCUGGUGGUGGUCGCCGGAAUUUCGCCGGAAUGCUCACUGUUGGUUGUCCUAUUUUUUAAUAAUUAUAUUUUUUUAAAAAUAAAUUAUAUUAAAAAGGUAAAUCUAAUUUAUGCAGAUCAGGUGAGUGUUUGACUUUUCAAAUACUACUCCUAAUUAAAAAGAAUUUUUUUUUUCCAUAUAAAAAAUACUAUUCCUAAUUUAAAAAGUAACUAAAAAAAAUUACCUUAAAAGUGAAAAAAGUAAAGAAUAUUUUUUUAGGAAUAAAAUUUCCUUGACACAUAGGAAAAAGUAAAUUGAAAUGACUGUUUAAAUAUAGAAUUAUAUUUAUAAUGUUUAAUUUUUUAGCCGAAUCCCUGCACCCGUAUCCAUAAUUGGAUUCGCACCCCCGAAUCUCAAAAAUUAAAUUUUGACGAAUCCGACUCUCAGAUCUGCACCCGUCUUGGAUACCCGCACCUGAGUCCAUGCAACUUAGCUGAGAGGAGAGGUCAAGGCUGAAUUGCGUCUUAGUAAGUUAGGAACUCUAACCCAAAUUAUGGAUCAAAGCCAGUGUAUUGAA